GUACCUAGAAGGGACAGAGUUACCUGGAGGGGGACCAAUUUACCAGGCCAGGGACACUUUUACCGAGGUAAUUCUGUCCCCCGGGAUAGUUUUACCGGGGGACAGAUUUACCGUCCACACCGGCUAACUGCGCAUCGCUGAUCCACAAACGACUAGGAAAAGAAAGCUUUGUAGUCGCAUCGCUUCCAACAAAACCAAUACUCCCAACCAAUACGACUCUCUUUAACUCAUGAGGGGGUGCUUUUGCUCGAGGCGUAUAGAUCUAAACCAAUUCUUUUACUUUUCGACUUCAUGAAUUCUGUUCUGUGCAGGAGAAUACAUCAACGGACGAGAUCGACACUGACGGCGGAAUGGCAUCACACCUACUCGCACUAUGCAUGCACACACUAGCUAUAUUCCGGAAUCCCUCUACGGGCGAAUGGAAUGGCGUCCUCAUCGUUGAGGCCAUCACCUUUUUCGCCUACACCCAUCUUGGCGUUUUCUUCUUAGCCAUGUUGCAGAUUGUAAUGUUGGGGGAGCCCUUCUGCUGGUCACCUAUUUUAAUUGGUUACUUUUCUGCAGCAAAACUAACUGGUAUAAUAAUUGGCAUGACGGUAGUUGCAAAGAUUUUGCAAACAUGGUUCGAUGAUUAUGGUUUGAUACAAAUUGGAUUGCUGUCCAUGUUUACCAGCGCCCUCAUUCCUGUGUAUGCAAGGACCGAUGCUGGACUCUUUCUUGUGGCGGUUUUCGGUGCAUUCCGUCUGGUACCAGGCCCAAUCCUAACUUCCAGCUUGUCCAAAUUAGUCAAGAAAAGCAGCAUGGGAAGUGUGUUCGGAUUAACAAGUGCCGUAGAAUGUUUAGGUGCUUUUUUAGCUCCUACAAUUUACGGUACGAUCUACCAAGCUACCGUAGAAGAUGACCCCAUGUUCGUGUUCAAGCUUAUGGCCGGCCUUACUGCGAUCCCAUCAGCUCUAGUACUGUUUUUGCAGUGCUGGAAAUGCACUUCAGGAGCAGCUAAUUAUAACGAAGUAAAAGAGGAAAAGCUGCUACCAACUUCUACUUCAAAACAAUGACGGCAGUAGCGUCUAUCACUAAUCAAUCUAACAAUCUCAUGACGAGAAAAUCUAAAAAUUAACAGCAGCCACUUCGCAAUGCACCCAGGGGUGGCGCUUAGAAUAGCUAGCUGGGUUGCCACACGGGUCUUGUCUAUACAUACAUUGUGUUUAUACAUGUAUACCAACCUUACUUGCCUGCCAAGAGAGCCAUGCCGAGUACCGUACCAAUACAAACGCCACCAAGGGUGUAACAUCUCGAGGCAUCUUUCAGUCUGGACCUUACCCAGGUGAACACAAAGAAGAAAUCAGACUUCCCUAGAAUAAUGAAGGUAAAAGACAGCGAGGGGUGAUUUCAAGAGGUGUCUUACAACUGCAUGUAUGUCACUUCAUGCGCUCGCAAAGAGCUCACAAGAAGGGUUUAUAAAUAUGCAACAGAUUACGUCACACUUAAGCUUGCGCUGAAGAGCUGGGAUUGCUGUGGUAUAUUCAAGCAGCACAAACAAAGUAAUGUACUACCCUACAUAAUGAAAAGACCCAAAGAUUCCACAGUACUGAAUAAGACAUCGUACAAUAGACCCCAAAUCUACUGGUGAUCGCUUAAUCAAGAGCUUUUUGGGAUGUUGCAAGAUAGCUGGAGUCAUGUGACAGUUCCUAUUCCUGCAAGUGGAGACGCAUGAACAGAAGCACGGCAUGACAGUACUCAUUUACACCUCACUAUGUGGGGGACAGGUCGUGAGGAAUUUACAAAAAUCAAAAUGAUUAAAAGUACCCAUAAACUAAAGCAGCAAUACAUCAGCAAUCCACAAUCACGAAAUCCCGCAUUAGUCGAAUGUUUUAUUCUUUGGAAAUGCAUUCAGAAUUGAAAAUUGUUUUCUCACUGAAAAGAAAUCUAGCCUCCUGUGAAAUAGAUCUUA